AUGAACGAUGUGGUGGAUCACCAAAAGGACCGUCAGAGGGAGCGCCCGUGGCACAGGGAAGGCGCCGAUGAGGCUCCUGUUGCCCGUCAGCGAUCAGCAGGCGCCAUGACCAAGGGGAAACUGCUCACGACUCCUGCCCGUCUGCUGAAACUCGUUCUUCCUCUGACGACUGCCGAUCAUAAUUCGGACCGCAAGGAUGUGGCGCCACUGGCGUUGCUCGUGCACCCUCAGCAGCCGCUCUCCUACCUUGAAAGGCUCAUACAAGCAGAGCUGCCGGCCCUGGAUCCAAAAGAUAGCAACAAAGUCCGAUCGGUUACCUUCCGUGCAAUGGAGUCGAAAGAGGACGAGAUCAAGCCGAAGAAGAAGGCUGACUCGGAUGGCGAGCUAGGCAGCGAAGGCAGUGUACAGAGCUAUUCUGGCGACGGUCGAGAGGGCUCAGGAGAAGACGACGGAGAAUUCGUCAGAUGGUCACCAUCCACAGAUAUAGGUGACUUCAUCCGAGAUGCAGCUCGCGCGAAAGAAUUCGAGGUUGAAAUCGAGGGCCACAACGAAGUCAUCAAAGUGGCUGUCCCCUCAUUCAAUGACCGCACCUUCUACCUCCGUCAGCGCCUGAGACGGUCAGCGAAGCGGAUAUCAACAUUGGCAUCAAUCAAGGAAGAGUGCGACAAGGCAGCCCACAAGGGUGCACAGCGAAUUGCUCUUGGCGGCUGUGGUGGCCUCAUGGCGUAUUGGUACAUUGUCUACCGACUGACGUUCGAAACUGACCUUGGCUGGGACGUCAUGGAGCCUGUGACCUACCUUGUGGGCCUGUCCACUCUCAUUGGUGGCUAUCUUUGGUUUCUGUGGCACAAUCGAGAAGUCUCCUAUCGACAAGCCCUGAACAUCACGGUCUCUUCUCGCCAGAACAAGCUCUAUCAGGCGAAGGGCUUCAAUAUACAGGAAUGGGAAAACCUUCUCGAAGAUGCGAAUGCCAUGCGCAGAGAGAUUAAAGCCGUAGCACACGAGUACGACGUCGAGUGGGACGAGACCAAGGAUGAGGCCGGCGAUGAGAAAGUCACCAAAGCGCUGCGCCACGAGCGACAACAGAACAACAAAGGCAAGAAGAAAGACGGCGACGACGAUGAUGAUAAAGACGACUAA